ACAACAACGGUUUCCAGGCAACGACUGAAACAAAACAUCCUGUAGCAUGGCUGCAGCUUCGGACCCCUUCACGUCUCUUCCCACAGAAAUAAAAGUGAUCAACAGGCUGAGCUCUGGUCAGUGCAGAGCAGGAAGGAGGGAUGAGCCGGGAACUGGACGUGUGACCUCUCAGAAGCCCGUUGCUCUGGCUCCGUUUAGAGACGAUGUCCCCCUGCUGGACCCCUGCAGCGGCCAUCUGAGCGCAGGAGCCAGAGUGCAGCUUGGGAUCCAAAGCCGGACAGAAUUCAUAGAGCCGUUCAGAAAAAGGCCUCAAACAACUCCCAGCCUUUCAGUCCAAGGUUCAGCCGUUCCCACUCAGUCACAGAGGACAGCAGCAACGCUCAGCAGCCUCCCUGGAAAACACGCUGGGCAUCUGACCUCCUCCUCUUCGUUGGCCCGCAGCUCGUGGAGUGAUGACUCAGCGGUGCUCCGACGCUACAUUUACACUUCUUCCACUCAGAGGAGCUAUGAGGAGGUGAACUGGGGUAUGAAGUUCCCCAGAUCCCUAAAUGCAGCUGGAGCGACCCUGGAGCGCCGGGCCGACCCUGUGAGCGAGCAGACCUCAUCACGCCGCUACAGCAGCAGGCCUCAGCUGUGGCAGUCUGCAGGCGCUGAGUGGAACAGGCGACAGCUUCGACGCAGGAACGACCCCAGGAAACCCAUUUCAUUCGGAACGAUUGGCUCAGAGAACAUGGACGACAUUGACAACAUGGAGGCAGAUUUCCAGCCUCUAACUGUGAAGAGGAGCAUCACACCGUCGUACACACUGACAGCGCAUCGGACCACAAUGCCAGGCUUCACAGGUGUCCAUGCUCCCCCUGCUGCUGAGGAGGCCUCCGUCUCUGGAUGGACCCGAGGACAUGAGCGUGCGGCGCCGCUGUCCAGGAUGGUGACCUCUGUGACCCCCUGUAACCCCUACCUGAGCGCCCGGCUUCCUGCCUGGAGAGGCCUCAACCCCGUGAAGAUGAGAAAGUUCUGAAGCGUCAUCUUCCUCUUUAUGUCGUCCAAUCAGUUUGUGUGAAUAGAACGUCAGAAACUGAUCCGGAGUCAGUGGGAGAAUAAUAAGUUUCUCCAUUAUCAUAAUUUCCCUGAUUUAGAUGAGUGGUUUUCUAACUCUGGGUGCCGAGCGUUUGCAUUGUCCUUGUAUACAUUUGCUCUCUUACAGACGCACUCAGUCGUUAAGUGUGUGUGUG